AUGGUCUACCAGACGCCCACAGAGAUCCUCGAGGUGCUAACCUGCUACCUUCUCGCCGACAUCUCUCAGGAACAGCUACAGGCGUUCAAGGCGGCCUUUGAACUCGGCAAUUUCGCACGGUUUUCGCCCAAGCUAAGGAUUAAAAUCGUGCGCCCGCCCGAAGACUACAUUGGCAAGUCUCAUGAAUACAUUCGCCGCAAAGAGGAUGAAGCCGGCCGCGAAGAGGCCUUUCUCAUUGUAGAUGACAGGGCCGUAGAGAACGAUGCUGUUUGGUACAUUCAAUGGUUUGCGGAUGAUGGGCCCAUGGAUGUUUGCGCUGAGAGCUCAGACGUUUUGUGGAAAAUGCUCAUCAGAACUGAUAAGCUGGCAAUGGUCUACGUAAACUACGACGUCGGCAACAUAUCUCUCCAAGAACAGUUGCCCAACUGCGGCGUGGAGUUUCCUGUAAAAGAGGGGUAUGAACAGCCGAAAGUAUUCGAUUACGACAUGGACAUGCAUAAGGAGCAAUAUGGCCAACCGACAUGGGUCAAUGCCGAACCCCACGAAUUUGAAUACAACAAGGGCGGCGAAAAGUUUGGAGAUUAUGUCGCGCCGCCAAGGACACUUGCAAGAUUGAAAGAUGAAGUCGCAGAAGCAUCGGGGGUGUUGAACGACUGGGUAAAGCCUUAUCCAGCGGGCCCGUUGCGAAUGUCGAAUGGAAAGAUGAAGGAAUUUCCAGAGGGAACAAUGGUUCUGCAGCUAAUGAUUAACCCCGAUUUCCCUUGGCCGCCUUUCAAAUGGCCUAGAGGAUCACUAUGAUCUGGAUAUUGAUAUCAUACGCGGAAAGGCAUAUGAGAAGAACUACGGGAUUGAGUGCGCAUUAUUAUAGCUAUGUGAUGAACCUUGUGAAAGGCAAGUUACGAAUACAAAGCUCAAUGAACAAC